AUGUUCUAUAUAUUUUUGAUCCUAGUGAUUGGUCUAUUUUUAGAUCACCUAGAGCCAAAGGCUCAAGGCACGAAAUGGCUGUACGAGAUAUUGUCGAUGGUGCAGCGAAGGUCGGCGGCGCGCGUGCAGGACACAAAGAUGUCCACCAUGUUAGAGGCAAACCCAGCCGACGUCAUCGACACCCGGUCAUCACCGCGUGUCCUCAACACUCAUUAUAGGCCAAGGUGUUACUCAGGAUUCUGGAAAGGCUACUCUUUAAACACAAACGGGGAGGUCGGUGACUGGAAGAACUGGUUCACAGUGGCCAAGAGCGAGAAGUUUGAUGCUGUCUGGACCUCCAAGAUCCGCCCAGACACCAUGUUUCACUUCCGGUACUCACUGUGA